ACGCCUAACCGGGUCGGAUCCGAUCCGAUCCGUAAAAUGGUUGAAGGCCGUAAUUACCGAAAUUGUCCCUUUCAAUAGGUUCGUUGCUGUAAUUAGGCGGCAGAAGCCACGCGGCGGAAAUCGGUUUGCCCCACGACCAAUGCAAAAUUUUAAAUUUAGAAAUAAUGCUCUUCCAUUUAUUUUUAUUUUUUUAAAUUAAAUACUGAAUAGUUUUCUUCUACAAAAACCUUGAGGCGAUGUCCCCCACCCGCCCAUAUGCACUUUCUGCUCAACCACCCUCCUCACCGCCAUGGACGGCGGAGGCCAGUCAUCGGAGAGAUUCCUCAGAGCUCUAUUGGAUCGCUUCGAGAGCCUGGAGGCGAGCCACGAGAAGCUCAAGGAGCAGUUCCAAGUUGUCGUGCACGAGAAGGCCACCGGCGCCGCCGCUAGAGAGAGGGAGGCGCCGUCGGAUUCCGGCGGCUCCAGGCGGUAUCCCGGCUGGGGCGAAAUGCCGGGGGCCUACUUCUCUGAGAGUCCGCACAAGAGGGUGUUGGAGUACAUGGGUCAUGCACUUCACGUCAGCAGAGUUGGCUCCGGCGAGAUCAUUUAUUGGAAUCGUGCUGCCGAAAAGCUGUUUGGGUAUAAAGACUAUGAAGUAGUAGGACAGGGAGCUAUUGAACUACUUUUUGAAGAAGAACAUCGUAAUUUAGUUCUGGCAAUCAUUGAGAGGAUGAGAAUAGGAGAAUCUUGGUCAGGGCAACUCCCUCUAAGGAAGCGAUCUGGUCAAAGUUUCAUUGCACUAGUUACAAAGAGCCCAUUAUAUGAGGAUGGUGAGCUUACCGGAAUAGUUACUGUAUCAAGUGAUGCUGCUGUGUUUAAUAGGACGAACUCGGGAAAUAUGAGAACACGCCAAGAUAAUGCUAAUGAACAAUCUAAAUUUCGUAGAAUAAAUUUGAAGAACAUCCAGUGGCAUCAACGGCCACAAAUUGCAGGAGUGCCCUACCUUGCAUCUUCUGUUUCGAAUUUGGCCUCCAAAGUUUUAUCUCGGACACGAGGGAAUGCCCCCUCCUCCUCUGAUACAUGUAGAAGUACAAGGGAUGGAGAGGAAGCAGAAGCAGAAAGUCACGACACAAGAGCAGAUAGACCACCAAGAGCCCCUAUUGCUAAGGGUGUUUUCGGAUUGCCAAUAGGGAGGAGUAGAACUGAAGGGUCAUGCUUGGAAAUGGAAGAAACAGCAUCUGAAAAUUCUCAGCCUUCAAAAAUUGCAGUAAAAAUCAUAGAGAAGUUGCAUAUAGGAGCAAGCAGCAACUUGGAGAAUGUUGUGGACGAGAGAAUACAACAAAAUAGUUUGGAAGAUAAUUCUAGGAGGAAAGAAGCGGCAAAUGGGACAUGUUCACCAAGACAUUCAAUGCAGAGUGCUUCUCAUUUCCAUAGUCUUGAUGCCAGCAAUAAUUCGGUGGAUGCUAUGAAAGGAACGUCUGAUGUUGCAAAUAGAAAACAAACGAAUUUGCAUAGGAAUCUCCUCUUUGAUAGCGAGAGUUGCCCGGGCGAAGCGUUUUCAGGUGCUCAUCAGGGGUGUUUUGAAGUACAAAGACAUGCUGAUCAGUUGCCUGGAACAAGCCUUCAAGCAAAUGGAAACAAGUCCGAAGCCAACUUUCCAAAUACAAAGUCACUGAAUUUGGAAAAUGCGUCUAAUGAGCAGUCGGAUGCUCAAAAGAAUCCAGGUUCCGCAGAGAGUUCUGGCAGUGGAACUGAAAGCUCAUCGAGCAAAGGUGAAAAUGAUCUACCUCUGGUCAUCGGUUCUGCGAUUCAAUGGGAGGAUCUACAGUUCAAAGAGGAAAUCGGGCAAGGUUCUUUUGCAGUUGUGUAUCGUGGAAUCUGGAAUGGAUCGGAUGUUGCAGUUAAGGUAUACAGCGGUAAUCAGUAUGAUGAGGAGACAUUGAUUGACUACAAAAAAGAGAUUGAUAUUAUGAGAAGAUUGAGGCAUCCAAAUGUAUUGCUGUUCAUGGGAGCAUCAUGCACGGAGGAAAGAAUCGCCAUUGUCACUGAAUACAUGAACAGGGGGAGUCUCUUUAAAACAUUACAUAAGAGCAACCAACCGCUGGACAUCAGACGUCGUCUGAGGAUUGCUCUUGACGUGGCUAGAGGGAUGAACUAUUUGCAUCACAGAAAUCCACCAAUAGUGCACAGAGACCUGAAAUCUUCAAACCUUCUAGUUGACAAAAGCUGGAACGUCAAGGUUGGCGACUUCGGCUUAUCAAAGCUGAAAUAUGCAACUUUCUUAACAGCGAGAUCUGGAAGAGGCACACCUCAGUGGAUGGCCCCUGAAGUCCUUCGGAAUGAACCUUCAACAGAAAAGUCGGAUGUCUUUAGCUUCGGUGUCAUCCUGUGGGAACUAAUCACCGAACGUAUUCCAUGGGUCGACCUGAAUUCCUUACAGGUUGUUGGAGUAGUUGGCUUCAUGAAUAGCAGAUUAGAUAUUCCAAAUAACAUUGAUCCCCAUAUAUCUUCCAUCAUAUCGGAAUGUUGGACCAGCAAUCCUGAAGAUCGGCCGUCAUUCAAAGAUAUGAUCCCAAAACUGGCCAACUUAGUAGUUCAAGCAAGUGGUGGAGGUCUGACCAGAGGAGCUUCCCAGCCUUAAAUAUUUUUCGUGGUUGCGGUGUCGCCGGCUGACCAGAGGAGCACCUGUUUCGUUGCUCUUAACAAGAAAGAAAUAGGAAUCUGAAUGUGUUGUUUCAACAGUAAGUUUUGCUUUUACAUGCUUUUCCUUUUCUUUUCUCUUCUCUUCUUUCAUGUAUUUUGGUGGUUCUUCCCCCCUUGAGCUGUAAAGAGGAAUAAGCGACUCCAAAGUGGUGGGGAAAAUGCAUGAAAAUCGAAGGGAUAAAAAGAUAGAUUACAUACACUAUGAGUAGGAUAAAUAUAGUUUGAUACCCAAAUUGUUGACGCUUUAAUAUAAAUGCCCGAACUGUACAUAAUUAGAAUUUGAUAUACGAGUUAUCAUAAGACUAACUAAGAUUUUCUUGGACUUCA